AUGGAGACGAUCCGAACGAGCUUCCUGGAGUCACGGCCUCUUAUCUCUUGCAAUUUCGCAUAUUUGCGCCGUGUGCAGGUGGAGCCGAAAGACCAGAAGCCGAAAGACCAGGAGCCGAAAGACCAGAAGCCGAAAGACCAGGAGCCGAAAGACCAGAAGCCGAAAGACCAGGAGGUGAAAGACCAGGAGGUGAAAGACCAGGAGGUGAAAGACCAGGAGGUGAAAGACCAGGAGGCGGAAGACCAGGAGGCGAAGCGGCAGACGGAGGCGUGCUCCCUUCGCCCCUUCGGAUGCGAGUCCAUGACGGUCAUGAGAUACACCUGGCCCUGUCAAGAGUCCGACGGCUGCAGCAGCAACCAUCGCGAGGUCUUCACGAUCUGGCCCGAUCGUGUCGAUCCGUUGGGAGAAAUCCAUGACGCAACCGGCGACGACAGCCAGGAGUUGAUCGAAUCCAUUCUUGCCUUGUGGACGGGGAAGGAAAAUGAGGGUUGUGCCGAUGCGACGAGCAAGGAAUUCGUCUCCUACCGUUGCUUAUUCAGACCCCUCGAGAACAAAUCCGGAAAGCCGGCGAACCUAGCGGGGAAAAGCAAGGAGGAGAUGGUGUGCAUGAAGGAGUCCAUGACUUUUAAAGGCCAUUGCACGUCCAUCACGUCGAGCGCUCCAGUUCAAUAG